GCUUUACUAAGAAGCAGAUACAGUCAGACUCUUCACUGUUUUCUAGACAGUUUGAUUUGGUACAAUCUGUGUGUGUUCCUGUUUUCAUGAAGCAAAUCAAGGAAAAAAUAUUGCUACUGAAUAUAAAAGUGCCUGGCAUGCCGAACAGCUAGGUCACAUAUUGUACUGUGCUGAGUAAACAGAAGCCGUUGUGUUUUUGUCGGGGAGGUCUGCCUCUCUCACAUCAGCAAACCUAUCUGGCUCCUUGGAAGCUUGAACAAACAGCAGGACUUUCAUGGCAGCACCCAUUUUACAGUUUCCAUGUCAUACAGUGAGGGCGAGCUGGGCUGCAGCUAUUUUUUUUUUUUUUUUUAAAGAGGGCGGAUUAGUUCAGGUGUGUCCAAGUUUAACCAUUAAACUCAGACUUAUCCAAUGAGGUUCCUCUGCUGACCCCCUCAAACCACUAAACUCUGUGAGUUUCUCUUGAGUGUUUGCAGCAUUAUUUUGUUUCUUGCUCUCUGGGGAAAUGUUGGAGAAGGUCUUAUUCCUGCUCUGUUUGUCCUCUGCUUUGGCAGAACAGCUCUGUAGGCCAGAUGCCUCAGAUGGCUACAAAGUUCGACUCAGCAUCAAAAGUGCUCUGGGAGAUGAAGCUUAUGUUUGGAAUGAGAAUGAAAUGUUCCUUUUCCGAGCAACUCUGGCGUUUGCCAUGAGGAAUCAACUCAACGGACUGGAAUUCCAAGUGUCCAACAUUAUUGUGUGCGAUGAGACUCCCAGAGUGUCCUUCUGGUUUGUGGUGACGUUACCUCACAACACUUCACGCCUUGUUGAUAAAGAGGAUGUGGAGCAGGCUGUGAGACAGUCCAGGAAUCGCAUCAACAACGCCUUUCUGCUGACUGAUAAAACUCUGGAGUUUAUCGGCAUCCCUCCCACCAUGGCAGCACCAGUCAACCCUGACACCCCUCCAUGGCUCAUUGUGUUUGGUGUCGUCAUGGGUGCUGUGGUUGCUGGCAUUGUCGUUCUGCUUGUGUCUUCUCUGGUCCGAAAUAAACGCAAAAAGAACGAGAAAACAGAAGAUGAGGAAAAGACGAUGGAAAAUGGCGUCGCACAUGAGAACCUGGCUGGUGUUUACAACAUGUCAUUCUCAGAUGAAGAGGGACUGACACAGAUGUAAAAUGCUUCAUUAAAAACUCUUCCAUGUAAGAAAUAAGAUGGAAAAAAGGUUAAUAAGCUUCUCCAUGCAGAUUUUUGUUGCACUAUAAUAUUUUUCUUUGUGUAUUUUGUGAAUUAGUCAAAAAAGUUAAAACUUUAAUGAUUUAAUAGAUGUUCAAAUUUUGUUCUUUUUCUCAUCACUUCUUUGAUAACUUGCUGCCUUAAAAAGAAACAAAUACAUUGAUUUUUUAUGCCGGUACUUUUAUUUUCCAAAUAUGAGUAUUUUCUGUGUUUAUGGACAGUAAAUUAAACAUCUGUGUCAGAGGGAAUACGUGUAUGGAUAUUUUACAGUAUUCUAUGUCUGUGAUCAAGCAAUGUACCAAUAAUUUACUGUAAAUUUUGACAAAUAUUUUAUUUUAUUUAACCAGUUUGGCAAACAGAUUGAGAUGGAAACAAGCAUUAAACCAGUCCUGUUAAAGACAAUAAUUGAUUAACAGCUAAAUACAGCAAAAUCUCAUCAAACAGCUGGACUACAGUUGCUCAUUGUAUCUAACCUGAUUUUUUUUCUUCCUAAAUUAGACUGAUUUUGAUGUAAUCAAACUUAAUCAAGCUAAAUAAUUGAACUGACAUCAAAGCACUGUCAAAAUGAGGGCCCAGCGGUGAUGUCUGCUGUGAGUGGAUCCUUCAGCUGUCUGUUUGUUUGCUGUCAUCCUCUUUCUUUUUCCAGACUACACAAUCUGACAGUGGAAAAACCCCUGAAGUCUGUGAUGGGCUCAGCCGCAGUCUCUGGCGGGAUUAAAUGCUAAAUUAUAAAAAUGCAAUUAUUGUUUAAUUGAACUGCGGACAAGCUCAUUAUUGCAGUCGCUGGCAAAAAUAUUUCUGGACACAAUUACACAAGUUGUUAUUACAGAGCAGAGACACAUCAUGUUUGUUUGAGAUUUGUAUCAUCAUGUAUGAAAUUUGAAAGUAAUCAGCUUCUUUCACAGUGUGAUGUUGCUGCUAUGUGUAACUUUGUGUUAUGUAUCCUGUGUGUUUUUUGCUUUGUACAGUUUGUUACUGUGCUGUUAUAUGUUUUUAUUGUGACCUGCCGCAGGGACUGCAGAUGAAAAUGAGCUAUAAACUAACUUUGGUACAGUGCAUCAAAUGGUAACAUUUAUGUUUAACACAGUAUAUGGUCCCUUACAGUUAAAAUAAAUAAAUAAAUUCCCAGUGAAUGCCUGAUUUUGUGGUGACAAUGAAGGACUUUCAUACAAAAGUGUAUCAAAAUGUUCAGUGGUGCCUCAUCUGAGCUCAGUAUUGGUACAAAGUUUCAAGAUUAAUGCAAACUGCUGUGAAACUGUGGUCAGUUUGAUGAAGUUUGAUGUUUGACUUUACUGCCUCCUGCAGACCAUUUGGAGUAAAGGUGUAACAUGUUCACUGUCUCUGCACUGGAACAGGUUAAUCCUGUUUUGUAGAUGUCCUCCAAAGGUAUUUGCUUGCGUAUGCACACACAGUCAAAACCAUGGUUUUACAGUAAAAAUGUGUCCUGUUUGUCCUGUUUCCCCAUAUGUAAAUGCUUCCCAACAUGUUUUGGCUCAUGACUCCUGAAAACAAAAAUACAUUUC